GUAACUUGAAUACCACUUGUAGUUGUCCAAGACACGCGAUGACUGUAUACUCCGAUCAGGCCACGGAGGACGAGACGAUGACUGAGAAGCCGCCAAGCAUGGAGGACGACUCUCCCGUUCAGACCAGGCAGUUCCUCCGCUCAAUAUGCGUUUCUCGGAUUGCGCUUGCAAUAUGUCUGCCUAUAUGCUUGGCCGUACAAGUUCUACAUCUGAAGAAGAACCUCAUCGGCGGAGUGAUGCUGGUAGCUGACGCUGUGGGGCUCGCGUGUGUCGUGUGCGCGAUGAUCGCUCACAUCCUUUCUAUGAAACCGCGUAUCGAAAGGUUGCAGCGUCACCGGAUCUACUGCUAUCUCGUCUUCAUCGCCAUCCUUGUCGCACUGAUUUUGCAACCAAUCAUUAUCGCAAUCCGAGUCCUGACCACCCACAAGGCGCUCCCAGUCGAGCGAAUCGACAUUGCUCGAUAUGCAGUUCUUAGCAUCACCUUGAUCAUAGGCGGUAGCCUGCGACGAGGGCCAAAGAUGUGCCACGAAGCUGAAGAUCGAGCCAACGUGUUCGACUGGUCUGGCAGCUCGAUCCUCAGCUUCAUAGGACUCUUCUACGUCUGGCCUCUCGUCACACGAUCUUGGAGGGCGGACCAGCUAAGACCCACUGAUCUCCCUCAUCUUGAACAAACCAUGCGCCAAUCUGGUCUGCGGGAGAUGCUCGAGGACACUGUCACGGGGACUUGGACGGAAAGGACUCUGUUGUACGCUGCGUGGAAAGGGAAGAUCUCCAUCAUCAUUUCUUGUGAGCUCGUUCGUCUUGCAGAGCUGACCUUAGCCCUGCUCUUGGAUGCUCUGCGGACGGUCGCGAGUUUCGUCCAGAUCUACUCGAUGCACGAGAUUAUUGACUCGUUUCAAAACUCGGCCGAACACGAUCGCAAGUAUAAACAGCUCAUGUGCGUGGGUCUAUUCUUAGGCAGCACGGCUGAGGUCCUCCUUGCAUCGUACCUAUCGUAUGUCAGCGCAAUGUAGGACAGACUGACACGUAGUGUACGAGAAAACUACAAACUCAAUCUACCAACACGGAUGAAGCUCGCCAGU